GGUACACACACCAAGUGUUUGAUUAAUUGUAUUAUAUGUUUUGUCAGAGAAAUCAAUAUUGUAAGUUGAAUUCAAACCUUGAAGAAUCAACCCUCACGUUAGAUUCCCUGCAACCCUAUUCAACACUGUCUGUGAGAGAGAGAAGUGUAUACAGAGAAGGGCCAUGUGAAUUUUCUCUCUCCCUUUCAAAGUACAUUUUGAAGUUGAAAUAAUCACUUUUUUUCAGCUUAAAAUAGUAGAAAGCUGAGGAAAAAAACUUGCAUUGGUUCAGAGCAGAAGCAUAUAUUAGCAUCAUUAUCAUCAAAUCAACCAUUUCCUGGUUUGAAAAAAGUUUGCAUGUGCAAGUGCGACUGGAGUAAAGUAUCUGUAGCACCGAAACCUCUGAAAAAAGAUGUAUCAGUGUCCAUCGUGUCAAUGUCAUUAUCUUGUCAUUCAUAGUUGGAUACUAAAAUCCAAGCUAUGUGUAUGAGUGUUUUCAUCAUUGUCUAACAUUGCAGAAAAUAAUGGUUUUUGUCAGAUUCAAUCAGACACAUUAUUGUUAUUCAGGUCUUGAGUUUUCCUGCAGCAAAUAAUGGUACCUUUGAAUGAAACCUAUACCCUACCUAGAGUUAUUUGCACCAACCACUUGUGCUAGACUUGAGGGAUUCAUUUUUUUUUAGCCAUCUUUGAAUUGAAGAGUUCUUAUUCAUGGAUAUUGAAAGUAAGAUAGUGAACCCUAGUAACACUAACACACUCAAAAUUAAGAUUAGUAGCAAAAAGCAAAGUGAAGAGAGUUCAAGUUUACCUUCACCAAACACAAAAACUUCCAUAGAAUCAUCAUCAUCACCUUAUGAUCAAUCUCCUCUUGUUUCACCACCUUCAUCAGCAUUUGUUUCAGCAUUGCAAUCUCCAUACAUAUCUCCAAGAGCCACAAUUCCAAACCCUAAUAGUACUACUUCCACCACCCCAGAAGAUGUUCCUAGUAGUUCCUACACUCCUCCUUCUGACCCUUAUGAGUUUUCUGAUGACACUUCUGAUACAAUGCUCAAGUUUAUGACAUGUGUUCCUGAAACAGUUCCUCCAAGAAUCUCAUUCUCAUUUCCAGUUCCUAGGGUUUCCUUUGGGAAAACCUCUGUCUCCCCUGCUACUAGAAAUUCCAAACUUGGAAGCUGUGAUGUCUACAUUGGAUUCCAUGGACAAAAUCCGAAUCUUAUUCGCUUCUGCAAGUGGCUUAAAUCUGAGCUUGAGCUUCAAGGGAUUGAUUGUUUACUUGCUGAUAGGUCAAAGUAUUCAGAUAUUCAAAGCCAUGAGAUUGCUGAUAGAGUCAUUUGCUCGGUCGCGUUCGGUUUAGUGAUCGUUACAAGUUCGAGUUUCCUCAACCGGUUAAGCAUGGAGGAGGUUAGAUUCUUCGCUCAAAAGAAGAAUUUGAUUCCUAUAUUCUUUGAUACAUUGCCUGCUGAGAUUAUGUCACUUCUUAAUUGCAAUUCAAUUGAUAAAGAAAGUAAAGAAGCGAUCGACGGACUAGUGAAAUGCAAUGAGUUCGGUUUAGAAGCUAAUGAUGGUAAUUUGAGAAGUUCGAUAUCGAAAGUUUCGAGUAUUUUAAGAGCGAGACUUGGUAGGAAGAAUGUUGGUCAUAAGGAUAAUCAUAAUAUGCUAGGAUUUGAAGAUUUAUUACCUUUUCCAAGGAAUGAAUACUUUGUGGGAAGAGAGAAAGAGAUUAUGGAGAUUGAAGGUUUACUUUUCGGAAAUCGGAGUUUUUGUAUGGAGCAACAAGUUCAAGAUCAUUGUAGAGCAAGUGGUGGUGGACAAAGUGAAGGCCUUGCAGAUGAAGAAAGUGAAGCUACGGUUGGAAAAGGCGGUGGUGGAAGGUAUAUAAGCUUAGAGAUAGGGAGGAACAAAGAACCGAAUUUAGAAGCAUGGAUUGAGCAACCGAUUAUAGGAAACAAUUCAUUGAAGAGGUUGAAGAACAAGAAGUCGAAAAAUGGAAGCUACAAUAAGAGUUUAUGUGGUAAUAGCAGCGUGAUUUGCAUUAGUGGAGUCUCUGGUAUUGGAAAAUCUGAAUUGGCGUUAGAAUUCGCUCAUAGAUAUUACCAAAGGUACAAGAUGGUUUUGUGGAUUGGUGGUGAAGCUAGGAAUCUUAGGCAGAACAUAUUGAACUUGUCGAGAAAUUUCGGUUUAGAUGUUGGUGCCGAUUCCGAGACAGAAAGAGGUAGAAUUCGAAGCUUUGAGGAACAAGAAGUAGAAGCGUUCAAGAGAAUCAGGAGGGAACUUUUCGGCGACACGCCUUACUUGUUGAUAAUUGAUAAUCUUGAGACUGAAGAGGAAUGGUGGGAAGGAAAAGAUUUGUAUGAUUUGAUACCGAAAAACAACACAGGAGGGACUCAUGUCAUUAUUACUACGAAGCUUUCCAAGGUAAAGAACUAUGACACAAUUCAUCUUUCUCCGUUGCCGUUAUCUGAUGCAAUGAUUUUGAUAAGAGGAAGAAAAAGAAAAGAGUAUUCGAUAGAUGAAGUAAACAUCCUCGAAAAAUUCUACGAGAAACUUGGUAGAUUAAGCUUUGGUUUGACGAUGAUUGGUUCAUUGUUGUCCGAACUUGCAAUUAGUCCUUCUGCACUCUUCGAGUCCAUUAACCAAGCUCCGCUGAAUGAAGAUUCAAGAUCUGGUUAUUCGAGUACUGCACAAGAACAAUGGUGCAAGAACAAUCUUUUCCUCAUGAAGACUUUUCUUUUUUGUUUCGAAACUUUGGUGAAAACAAAGGCGAAAGGGAAUGUUCUUGCUAUAAGAAUGCUUCUAGUUGGUGGUUGGUUUUCUCCUGCUCCAAUUUCAGUCAGUUUGUUAAUCAAUGCAGCGAAGAGUGAAAAUCAUCUCAAGAAGUGGACAAACUGUACAAGCCUGACAUCGAGUUGUUUAUCACCGGGCACAUGGAAAGAUGAAGAAGACUCGGCUAUGCUUCUCGUGAAAUUCGGACUAGCGAAAAGGACUAAUCUGCACGAUGAUGGAAUUUGGCUUCAUUUCCAUUCCAUAACACAAACAUUCGCUAAAAGAAAAGGCGGGUUGAAAUACGCAAAGGCUGCGAUUCAAGGAGUAAGAAAAAUGAGCAACCAUGUAAUCUCAGAUCAUUUAUGGGAAUCAGCAUUUCUUGUCUUUGGAUUCAAAUCCGAGCCACCGGUCGUGGAGCUAAAGGCAACGGACAUGGUUAUGUACAUCAAAAGAACAGCUCUACCGCUCGCGAUUCAAGCCUUCGCAUUGUUUUCGAGAUGCAACUCGUCUUUAGAACUCUUGAAAGUUUGCACCAAUGCACUUGAAGAAGUUGAGAAAUCAUUUGUGACGCAAAUACAAGAUUGGUCUCAUGACUCAAUUUGUUGGAAGAAAAGGUUGCAAAGAAGACAAAAAGUUGAUGAAUAUGUGUGGCAAGAUGUUACCUUAUUGAAGGCAACAUUGCUUGAGACUAGAGCUAAGUUGUUAGCUAGAGGAGGAGAGUUAGAUAGUGGUAAGGAACUUUGUAGAACAUGUAUUAGUAUUAGAACUGUGAUGCUUGGACAUAACCAUGCACUAACCUUAGCUGCUCAAGAGACAUUGGCUAGGUUGGUGAGAAUGAGGAGUAAGAUAUGAUUAUGAAUAUGUUAUGUUCAUUGCAAGUAGUAUUAAUUAAAUAGUCUAAU